GGUAGAAUAGAAUAGAAUAGAGGGUUGGAAACACCAGUCUCCUGGAAAACAUUUAGCAAGCGCACACAGCGUUUUGUUGUCCAUUGUGCAGAUUGUCUGGCUCAACCUAUGUGGGACUGAAUCUACUAGUAGAGGGUUUUACUUGUCCACAACCAUUUUCUUUGCAGGACAGAGCUGAGAGCUGAUACAUUGACUGAGAACUGCAGUACAUGAAUACCGUACGAUGGGCGCAGGGGCCAGUCGGGAACAAGAGAAGUCCAAACCACAGAAUCUUGUAGAGAGCUACAAGAGGGAUGUCACUAAGGCGCUGGAGAAGUACAAGGUUCUCCGUGACCUGGACAUCUUUGUGCUGGACAACUCCAUCCGAGAGAGCACCGUCGGGCAGCUGCGGGGCCACACCUUGGAGAGCAAGUGGCAGAUCUACGACGAGGUGAAGAAGUGUGGCUUUAAGCACACCAUUGUGGCGUCCUUCUCCCACAUGACUCGCGUAGAUGACGUCUUCAUCAUGCAGCUAAAGGAAAAGGGGGAGGACCCAGAUGGCCUGUGGGCUUUCUCCGAGAUCACUGCAGGUACGAAAGGGAAGGUACCAGAUACGGAGAACGUUCCAGUUGGCAUCCAAAAAUUGAAACCAGCGGGCCUGUACUGUGUGAUCUUCGAGGUGGAUCUGGGAGAUAUAGUUUACGACUUCAACAAGUUCGCCGUAAAGGACAUGUGCGCCCUGCUGAACAAGUGGAAUGACUGGUGCUUCGAGAACCUCAGCCCUAAGGCCAAGGUAAUGGUCAGCUUCCGUGACCUGCCCGACGUCAUGCCCGAUCACUCCGAGCGGGUGUUUGAGACUGUCGCCUACCUGGCCCGCCUGCCGCCCAACCGCCGUCCCUUCGGUCUGAUGUUCGAGGAGCCCAGGGGGAAGUCCUUGCCGGAGGAGUGCGGCAUGUGGACCCGGUACAUCCGUGAGGUCAUGAACAAACACAGCUGGGGGGGACACCUGCUGGUCCAUGUGCACGAGAAGUUUGGUUACUGCGACGCGACAGCUCUUCAGGUUCUCAUGGAUGGUGCUGAUGGUAUCUGGGCCAGUGUUUGUGCCGAGGGUGCCUCUAUGGGUAACGCCUCAUCAUGUGUCACAUUGAUGAAUCUCAUCCGGCUCGGCAACAAGAAGGUCCUACAGAAGUACAACUGUACCUACCUCCGCAAGGCCGCCAUCAACGUGACCAAGAUCACCACUGGGAAAGACCCGCACAUUAAGCAGCCAGUCUUCGGUGCACGAGCCAUUGACUUCGUCUUCGAUCUCAAGCCCGAGGAGUUCGACUUGGCAAGCUUCUUUGGUGAGAAGGCGCCCAUUCGAAUCACCACCAUGGCCAGCAAGGAGAUGAUCCGUCAACGCUUGAUCGAUCUCUUCGGGGAAGAUCCACAGUUUACUCUACAGGUUGCCCACGAGAUGAAAGAGCUUAUUCUGGAAGACCUCCGAACUGGCAGAAAGGAAGAGUAUAUGAGUAUGGUGGGUCUGGCUUUACUGUUCGAUCGAGCUGGAGGGAGUCUAAACCAGAAAAUGAGAGACGCCAUCGACGAGUUUGAGCUCAAGGGGCCGCAUGCCGAGAAUCUGCUGGCCGAAGUCCGCAAGACGUGGGACGAGUGGGACCUGAAGGACAAGGUGCAAGGGGAUAACAUGCUGCAGUUUGACUCCUUCUACAACGGCUUCAUGGCGCCCUACUUCUCCUGCUACAGGUGCUCCGACACCAUGAAGGCCCUGCAGGCCAUUGACAUGGACGCCGACGGAAUGGUGGACUGGAACGAGUUCGAGACCUACCUCAAGUGGGCCCUCCACCAGUAUCCGAACAUCGCUGACGUGCAGGAGCUACUGGAUGUCGCCUUCCGUAAAGGACUCAUCCCAGCCAUGCAGGACGAGUUCCUCAAAAAGAAGUAAGGCCUAGCCUGAAAUUUAGGCUUGCAGCUAGAUGUAACGUGCUCCUAGUUACAACCACUUACCAGCAUUCGUGUUAACCGAUUUUAGCAGCACGGCGAGGGAAUGGUAUGUCCCCACAAUGCCCUCGUUUAGCAAGAAUUUGCAAUUGUCUUUGUUCAUAUACUAUCUUAAGCAAUAUAUUGAAAUCUGCUGUAGAUGAUAUGGAGUUUUAUAUGCUCUGUACAUGUGAAUAAUUUGUAAGCAUCGCUAUUCUUUCUUUUGUAUCAAGUGAGGCCCACAUAAAAUUGUGUGAAACCAUGGUUAAAACUACAAUUCACGCUUCAGAAUACAUUUGGAUUUUAUUGCCAGUAUUACUAUACGUGUACAUGUACUUCCAAGGUUUGGGUGACGAAAGUGGCUUCAUAUGUGGUAGGUCUCAGCCACAGGGUUGAUUAAGAUAAAAUGUAACUGCGGCCGUCUUCAAAUGUUGAACCUGUUAGAUUUGGGGGGGGGGCAAGGAAAGCUUCAAAGGAUAGGAUGAAAAAAUUGCAGCCCUAUCCCAUAAUUACGUGACAGCAUUGGCCUUUUGCCAGAUCCAGGCCAAAAAAUUCUGCUUUUAUUGGAUUGAUGUUUAUGUAGAACAAUUUCUUGGUAGUUUACUUUUUAAUUAACACUUCAUCUUAAUGAUGAAUUUAUGAACAUUAUUCACAUUACUUUCCCAUUCAAUGUACACAUACUUCUAAAAAAUGUCAUCAUUAUAAUGUAAACCUUAGUGCUUAAAGUAAUGUGGUGAAGCAGUGUUCGAGGUGACCCUCAAGCCCUGUAAAAAGCUUGGGUUCUGUAGGUAGGUGUAGGCUUAUAAUUACAGAAGACAGACACAAAAAUUUGUUCCAAUCUGGUCCUUGAUAGUUUUUGCUGUCUCUAUUGGAGAGUGCUAUGAAGACAAAGGAACUUAACUAGGCUAAACAGCGCCACCUUCAAUUUUCCACGGAGUGCACAGACAGCAGCAUUAUUACUCCGUGUACGUUAUAAAACGAGACGAUAAACGGCAGGUUAAUAAAAAGGCUCAAUUCUUAAUCAGACUUCAUACACGACAAAAGAAUACAACAUCAGAAAAAAUAGUCCGAGGCUUAAGCAAAGCUUUGACAGCUGACAAUAUUGUACUUCCCAAAAGCUGUACAGUAACUAAACCGUUGCUUUGAUUGAUUUCACAUAAUUAAGACUACCAAAAAGAAUCAAGUUAAGAGUUAAUGCGACUGAAAGUUGUUUUUUAGAAAUAUGCCCACUUUAACGGUAAAAUGUAUCAACAAUUUUACUGGCUUUGGAAACUUGGUGAGUGAUAUCGUGUAUUGAUCUCCUUAUUUAAUACGAGCCCGUGCAUCAACAAAACCUAUAAUCAAAUGCUGACAUGCUUACGGAUGCAAAUAUUUUAGUCAAAAUUUCUUGCAAGAAAAAAAUCAUUAAAACCCCCACUGUAAAUUUCUUAAAAUGUGCACAUACUAAUGAGAGCUUCUUUUAACUUUAAGGGAAAAAUACAAAGACAUGCUAUAUAUCAUGAUGAAAUGAAUAAAAGUAAGAAAGUUAAAAGUUUAUACAA